AUGUCCGAUGGCUCCCGAAAGGCAGCUUCGAAGUCGACCUUCCACUUCGUCGCCGGCCUCGGCUCCGGUGUGCUCUCAGCCGUGCUUCUGCAGCCCUUCGAUCUGUUGAAGACACGAGUCCAGCAGCGCGCAGGCGGCGCAAACUCCCUCCGUGCCGCGAUCGCCGACAUUCGUUCCUCCCCGAGCAUAAUCCCCGCCCUCUGGCGUGGCGCCCUACCGUCCGCCCUACGCACAGGCUUCGGCUCAGCAAUAUACUUCACUUCACUGAAUGCCAUUCGCCAAGGGACGGCACGACAUGUCCCCUGGCUAUCAACCCCGAACCAGACCACGACCUUGACGCCGGUGUCUGGGUCGGGAUCGACCCCCUCAACAACGACAUCCUCCUCCUCUUCCCUCCCCAAACUCUCCAAGACAGGCAACCUUCUCUCGGGCGCCAUCGCCCGCUCCUUCGCCGGCUUCCUUCUCAUGCCGUUGACCGUCCUCAAAGUGCGCUACGAAUCGACGCUCUACCAGUACACCUCCCUGUCCUCGGCCGCGCGCGACAUCCACCGGCGGGAGGGCGUGCGCGGCUUCUUCAGCGGCGUGGGCGCGACCACGGUGCGCGACGCGCCAUACGCCGGGUUAUACGUGCUCUUUUACGAGGAAGGGAAGAAAAUUUUGACCAAAGUGGUGCGUGAUAGCCCCCCAGCCGUCGUGGAGACGGGUAGCGGGGUGGAGAGGGCGAUGAUGUCUUCGCGACGGGCGGCCACGAUCAAUUUUGCGUCGGGUCUGUUCUCUGCAACUCUGUGUUCUGUUAUUUCGAACCCGUUUGAUGCGGUCAAGACACGGAUCCAGCUGCAGCCGAGAAAGUACCGGAAUAUGGUAUCUGGUGCAGUGCUGAUGGUCCGCGAGGACGGGUUCCGGUCGCUGUUUGAUGGGCUGGCCCUGCGCAUGAGCCGGAAGGCGUUGAGUAGUGCGCUGGCGUGGACGGUGUAUGAGGAGUUGAUACGCCGGGCUGAGGUUAUGUGGGCCAGGGGGCAUGAUGAGGAGGGGGAGAAGCAUCGCCUGAGGUGA